GCCGGGGGUCCCGCUGCCGCCCUCGCUGCUGUGAGGCUCGGGGCUGGGUAGUGAAACGAGGAUGGUGGCACCGCUCUUGGGGGUGCCGCUCUGCUGCUGUCUCGUGUUCUCCCGUCAUCACAGCCAUGCAGAUGGAUUUAAUCCUGUAACUUUCCAUCAUACCGAGGUUUGGACAGAGCUCUGACAGGAUGCUGGGAAUUCUGAAGCAGCCGGUUGUGGUGACGGCCGAGAUAAACUUGAGCCUGGUGGCACUGACUGUGGUGGGGUUAAUGAGUCGUCUCUGGGGGCUUUCCUAUCCACGGGCUGUGGUUUUUGAUGAAGUUUAUUACGGCCAGUUUGUUUCGCUCUACAUGAAGAGGAUCUUCUUUGUGGAUGACAGUGGCCCUCCCUUUGGCCACAUGCUGCUGGCCCUGGGAGGUUACAUAGGAGGAUUUGAUGGAAACUUCUUAUGGAACAGGAUUGGAGCUGAAUACACCACCAAUGUCCCUGUUUGGUCCCUGAGACUCCUGCCAGCACUGGCUGGUGCUCUCUGUGUCCCUUUGGCAUACCAGAUUUUGGUGGAGCUGCACUUCUCCCACUGUGCUGCACUUGGAGCUGCUCUUCUCAUUCUCUUAGAGAACUCUUUGAUCACUCAGUCAAGGUUCAUGCUCCUGGAAUCAAUACUGAUUUUUUUUAUCCUACUUGCAGUUUUGUCCUACCUGAAGUUCUACAAUUUGCAGAGGCACAGUUCCUUCUCUGGAAGCUGGUGGUUUUGGCUUCUGUUGACUGGAGUAGCUUGUUCUUGUGCAGUUGGAGUGAAAUACAUGGGCUUGUUUACCUAUGUGCUGCUCUUGGCUGUGGCAGGACUUCACUUCUGGCACAUGAUAGGAGACCAGAGCUUCUCCAAUGUUUCCUUGCUGUGCCAUUUUCUAGCGAGGGGACUGGCCCUCAUUGUCACCCCCCUGGCCAUGUACCUGUCCUUCUUCUAUGUCCACCUGACACUGCUCUAUCGCUCUGGGCCUCAUGACCAGAUCAUGACAAGUGCUUUCCAAGCCAGCCUAGAGGGUGGACUGGCUCGGAUCACUCAGGGUCAGCCCCUGGAGGUGGCCUAUGGCUCUCAGAUCACCCUGAGGAACGUGCUGGGCAAGCCCAUGCAGUGUUGGCUCCAUUCUCACACAAAUACUUACCCCAUCAGGUAUGAGAAUGGCCGAGGGAGUUCCCAUCAGCAGCAGGUGACCUGCUAUCCCUUCAAGGAUGUGAACAACUGGUGGAUUGUCAAGGAUCCUGGAAUGCAGCAGCUGGUGGUGAGCAACCCCCCCCGGCCCGUCAGGCACGGACACAUCGUGCAGCUGGUCCAUGGCAUCACCACCCGCUACCUCAACACGCAUGAUGUUGCUGCCCCUCUUAGCCCUCACUCCCAAGAAGUUUCCUGCUAUAUUGAUUAUAACAUCUCCAUGCCAGCACAGAACCUCUGGAGAGUGGAAAUUGUAAAUCGUGAGUCUGACACAGACGUGUGGAAGACAAUUCUGUCAGAAGUGAGGUUUGUUCACGUGAACACCUCUGCAGUGCUAAAGCUCAGUGGAGCAUCUUUACCUGAGUGGGGAUACCAGCAGCUGGAGGUGGUUGGAGAGAAGCUGUCCAAAGGCUACCACGAGAGCAUGGUGUGGAAUGUGGAGGAGCACAGAUAUGGGAAAAGCCAAGAGCAGAAAGAGAGGCAAGUGGAGCUCCACUCUCCCACACAGAUGGACAUCAGUAAAAACCUCAGCUUCAUGGCAAAGUUCACGGAGUUGCAGUGGAAAAUACUGACACUAAAAAACGAAGCCACAGAACACAAGUACAGCUCCUCUGCCCUUGACUGGAUCACAAUGGACACAAAUAUUGCCUACUGGCUCCACCCCACCUCUGGGGCCCAGAUCCACCUCCUGGGGAAUGUUGUCACCUGGGCUUCAGCUAAUGUUGCUGCUCUGAUCUACACCUGUUUGUCCCUCUGGUACUUGGUCCGACGACGAAGAAGGAUCUAUGACAUUCCUGAAGAUGUGUGGCAGCUGUGGGUGUCAGCUGGGGGGAUCUGCCUGGGAGGCUGGGCUGUGAACUACCUGCCCUUCUUCCUGAUGGAGAAAACACUUUUCCUCUACCACUACCUGCCUGCCCUCACGUUCCAGAUCCUCCUCAUCCCCAUCGUGUUGCAGCAUCUUGGCACUCAUCUCUGCAGGUCUCCACUUCUCAGGAGCAUGUUCAGUGCCUUGGUGGUCGCCUGGUUCUCCUCCAUCUACCUUGUCUACUCCACCUUCAGCCCCGUGACCUACGGGCAGCCCUCGCUCUCUGUCACUGAGCUGAGGCACCUGCGCUGGAAGGAGACCUGGAACAUCCUCCUCCGAAAACAGUGACACCCACAGGCUUGGUACAGGCAAAAGGAGACUCCUUCUAUGCAAAGCCAAGAGUUUAUUGUUAGUAUCAUGGAAAUCUGAACAGUCUGAUCAAAUAAGGGAUAGUAGUCCAGAUCUAAUUAUUACAGAAAAAGAAAAGAAUAUUGUUACCAAAAAAGAGAGAGGUCUCAACAGUGCUAGAGCUGCUAGGAGCACAAUUCCCAGUCUCUGCCCCUGUUACAUUCACCCUCCCACUGCCCCUCGGGGUUGGGAGGUUGCUGACUUCAGUCCAGCAGCAUCCCAGGACCCUUGCUGGGAGGAUCAGGCUCCAAGGGCUCCUUCUUCCUCCUCCCUGGUGAUGAUGGUCUCUUCCUUCUCACACUCUUGUUGCACUAUAUUUAUGUUUAUGUUCCCUAGCACCUUGGUCUGCAAUUCCAGGUUACAGCAAGUCACUGUGAACAGAUACUCUCCAACAUACUGCAUCCUUUUUCCUUUGUUAUUCCUGGUUUUCCCAGCCCCAAAACUGACACAUAUUUAGCUGUCAAUAACUGGCCCUGCAGUCUUCAGCAUCAUCCCAUGGCUGUAUCCCCCAUCAGAGCAUUCUCUGCCCCUCCCCCAAGUCAAUGCUCUGCUAUCAUCAUCCCUGGUUCAUUAAUUACAGCAUUAAGCCAAGUUUAUAAAUAGUCCAUUUUGCAUAACAUAACGACUCGGUACUGUUAUCUGUGGAUAAUCAUUUGGCAUAACCAUCAUUUUUAUGAAGCUAGGCAAAAAUAAAACAGAGGCAUUACAAAAAAAUGCUGUUACAGCUAAAUAAGCUAUAAACAAAGCUCCAGGCAGGCCAAGAAGUCAGCCAAAGCCAGAAGAGUCCCCUGGCCUCGUGUUCCUGCUCCUGGGCUGCAGGAUUACCCCUCAAGCCUCAUCCCAAGACGAGCUCUAAGUGAGGCAGAAAUGAUCAGGCUGACAAGGAAACCUGCUCAAACCUGCACCCACGGCCUCAGGGUAAGAACAGUGACUCAGGCCAUGCCCUGGCCUGCACCAGCAGAGGAGCUCACAGGAUAGAAGGUGCCAGAGGCACCUGGGAUUGCUCAGCAGGGAAUUUAUAACAGCUCUGUACAGGUGUUAGGGGCUGCAGUACCUACACCACUGACUGAUUUAUUUUUCCAUGUGGCUGCAGCAGCAGGAUCUUGCAAUCCAGCUUCAAGCUGACCCUAGCCAGACAGGGUGCUGCUAACUGCUCUAACAGAUGCUAUUCCAGGCUGCCUUGAGCUCCCUCCCCGCCCCCCAGAGGAAGGGAUGAUCAAACACCACAGUCAUUCAAAGCAGGUUUUAGUGACUAUUUUCCUCCUCCUUCAUCAGCCCCGGUAGCUCAUGCUUCACUGCGGUAGCUCAUGCUCUAAGUUUGGCACCCUGAGCUGAGCAGCACCCAGCAGCAGCUGGGAAAUGAGCUGCUUUCUCCUCAGCAGGACAGACGUACCCCUGACCUGGGAGAUCACAGCUGGGUAACAAACAUCGACUGAUUUCCAGUGUUGAAAAGACUACGGGGCUGAAAGUGCAGACUGCAUUUUUUUGAAGUGUUGUUUGUUUUUCUCCUUUUCCUGAAGCAGCCGUUACCAAAGCUCAGCCAACAACGCUGAGCCAAGGGAAGAAAGGACUGAGUAUAAGGGCAUCUCCAGACUUGUUCCUUCCUGUCCCUUUCUGCCGCUGCAGUGCAAGUAGCACAAAUACCUCAUAUAAAACAGUCAUUUCUGCUCAC